CCCUUAAUUCAAACUACUUCCCUAGACGCCCAAUAACCAUCCAUGACGCCUCACAAUCUCCUCCAGCAUCCCUUCCCCGCCCAAAAAUGCACCUUCGGCUGCCCAAUCCUGGACCGCUGUCUAAGCGGCGGCGUCCCUUGCAAUUCAAUCACCGAAAUCGUUGCCGAAAGCGGCUCGGGGAAGACGCAACUCUGUCUGCAACUCUCUCUCUGUGCUCAGCUCCCAGUUUCCAUAGGCGGCCUCUCUGCUUCCUCUCUCUACCUCUAUACUGAAUUCCCUUUUCCAUUUCGCCGCCUUAACCAACUCUCCCACUCCUUUCAAUCUUUAUACCCUCAGAUUUUUAUCAAUGACAGUGAUUCUACCAAUAAUAAAAGUUAUAAUCCAUGUGAUAACAUAUAUGUACAAAGUGUACAUUCUGCUGAUCAACUGUUUGAUAUAAUGCCAAAGAUAGAAUCUUUUCUUUUAAAUUCCAAAACCCAAUUGCCAAUGAGGCUAAUUGUGAUUGAUUCAGUUGCAGCGCUAUUUAGAUCUGAAUUUGAGAAUACCCCAAGCGAUCUGAAGAGGAGAUCAUCGCUAUUUUUCAAGAUAUCUGGAAAAUUAAAGGCUUUAGCUGCGAGAUUUGAUUUGGCGGUGGUGGUAACUAAUCAGGUGGUAGAUUUUAUGGGAUCUGGAGAAGGAGUAAAUGGGGUUAGGAUUGGGAAUUUGGGUAGCUUGUGUUCAUCUGGAAGAAGGGUUUGUCCUGCAUUAGGGCUGGCAUGGGCUAAUUGUGUGAAUUUAAGGCUAUUCUUGGCUAGGGACGACACUGGGGCUGAAAGUGGUUUUGCUUGUUGUCAAACAAGAAGGUGGCUUCAUGUUGUCUUUGCACCUCACUUGCCUUAUUCGUGUUGUGAAUAUGUGAUUAGAAGAGAAGGGGUUUUUGGAAUUGACAGAUAACCGACAGAUUUAUGUCAAGAUAGCAUCAUUUGAGGGUAGCAAUUUUUUUAGAUGGAAAUGAAAAGGUGGAAGGCAAAAUGCCUGUUUCCAUGUGUGUGCUCCUAUAUAAUGAUCAGAUGGUGAACCUCACUAGCAGAUAGAAAUGACUGAAAAAAGGCCUAACAGAAUAUUAUAGGUACUUGUAGUUUGUAAUUAUGUUUUAAUACCAUUUUUGGCUUCAAUUAAUGUUUGAGGACACACAAUCUUUUUUCUUUUUUCUUUUUUUAUGCUUUUCUUGGAUCUUAGUAGAAAUUAAGUUUCUGCUACUGUAGUUUACAUACUGAUAAUUUCUGUGUAUAAACUCAAUUCUUCAGCAUAUAAUGUAAAAAGGCUGUGCAGGAGCAUACACCUUUGGUUACCAUAUGUUUUCUGUAGUUAUUCAUGGAACUAUUCUAUUCUUUUUAUGGUUUUCUUUCAUUGGAGCAUAAACCUUCAGCAUACAAACUCGAUUUGCUUGAAAUGAUUGGCAUACUGCAAACAAAUGAAAUUAUCACAUCUGCAGAAUAUCCCUCAUAAUGUCUUUUGCCCUUUUCUAUGGCCACCCUACAGGAAAAUGAAAUUUAUGUUGGUAAAUAUGUUAAUGUUUGUUGAUACUAUAAAAAAUUGGUGCACCGUAAGAUAUGUAUGAAUAAAAAGAGAGGCUUUCAUGUCCACUUUUUCCUUUCUUCAUCCAUACAUUUAAUGGUGUAAUUCACCUUGUUGAUUCAGCGUGUGAGCUGAAUAAUGAAGAAACACAAAAAUGUUGCAUUUUGGAAAUCCCUUCAUCUUCAUUUUCUCCUGCUCCUGUUGGAAUCUAACAAGGCAUAUGAUAGAUACCUAAUAUUUGUGAUAUUACAAGACCAUGAAAGUUUUUGAAUUGUAUGCACAAAUUAGGAAUAUGCAUCCAAUGCUAUUCCUAUAUUUAUUAUGUCUAUAAUGGUAGAGAAAUGAUGUUGCAGAUGGUUCGAUUAAAAUGGACAGUAAGAAGAAAUCAAGAUUCUGUGUCGUGUUUGAAAUGCAUGAUUGUAACUGAAACUGAUUCUAGAGCUUUUUUUUUCCCUUUCAUCUUAGUGUCUUUGCAGCAUCCGUUCCAGGAGUUUGUUCCGCUUGCCAAUUGCCAUGUUUCCUGAUGACACCAAAAUCUGAAAGAGUUUCCUGCUGUUUUGCACAAUGAGAAUGUUCCUGCUUUGUUUAUACAUAUUCCAGAGGUUUUCUUUGAAUGCUUUAAGUUGUGGGAUUAAGCAUUCAGUUUUCUUGAGGAUCAGCAAUUAACAAGCUUUUAUCUUAACAGACUGGUUGUGGAGAGAUUAUAUUUUGCGGUUUCUGCUUUCCUCUGCUGUAAAAGUUUCCUGCAUAUCUCUUCUAUAUUUCAGCUGAAUGUCAUCUACUGCUAAUUUAAUGAAACAAACAAAGUUCAGUUA